CCAUAAAUAAAUAACAUAAAAUGUAAAUUUAUACGUUAAUAUCAUCACGUAUCUCCAUUAGUUAACAACCAAGUAUAAAUUUUUCAAAUGUAUCGAUUACCUCAGGCUUCCCUAUCGAAAUAUUUCUCACACGUUUUUCGUCCCUGUGAGAAGAACUUAAGUAGUUGGUGUCGUUCUAAAACUAAAGCGCGCGAACACAAUUUUGAACUAUGAACACGGAUGUAUUUAGAAUAAAAUAUAUGUACGAAAUCAUCAGGUACACACAUUGAUAAUCGCAUACAAACAAACGGUUGCGCAAAUUCUGUAACACUUACACUCAGCUAACAGUUGUCGUGGCAACCAGACAAAUAACAGAAAACAGAUGAUCGAGUAUAUUAUAGAGAAUUUCCAUACGUUUUAUGUAAUUAAAUAAUGACACGCUCUGUGUACGAGGUGCAACAGGACUUUGCGUUGAGCAGUGGACUACACUCUGAAAUCAUCUGGGAUGCUCUUGCAGCUCAUCAGGAGGAGGUGCUCAAGCAGAAGAUUGCAAACCUUAUUAGCGGGGAAAGCAGUAAAAGUUUGGAGAGACAGCGACAGAAGGUCUUUGAGAAUGUGUGGCAACAAAGGCGCUAUACGAAUCGUAUGUUGCUUUCAGCAAUAAUCUACGUGCUAGUGACACCAGAAAAGGAUCCAGAGCAGGCGCUACGAUCAACCAAUUUCACCUGUCAUCCAGUUAUACGGACGCGCAAAUGCUUGAGAGAGGAUUACGAGAAUAGCGACAACUGUUGCAUGAUCUUUAUAGAUGAGCACGGCCGUGUUUAUGCCAACUGGCGGCAAUUUGUCUUCAAAAACAGAUUACCCAAAGGCACAAUGAUUGCCCCCAGCCAAGGCAUCUAUCGAUUCGGCCAUGAUCCCGAUAAUGGUGUCCAUCUAAUGGUCCAUCCGACGCCUGCUUCAUAUGGUACUAUAUACAAAGCUGGCGACACUUUGGCCACAGUUGGCGGAUUGGCUGCCAGUGUGCCCGUGGCUGCUGCUAUGGCCAUCCCUGUCGCACCAAACAUAUUGAUGGCAGCCGCUGUGGUGGGAGUCACUGCAGCCGCAUACAGCACCGUACGCUCCAUCAGUUGUCUCUAUGAUCGCCGCCAACACUGUCAAUCUCUGUCGUUGCUUGAGCGAGAAUCACGGAACAGUUGGCUGGGCGUAGCUGGCGGCGUUGUCGGUCUGGGUGCAAUGGAAGCCACCACAGCUUUGUGUGCGGCGAGCGCAGAAGUCAAUGCAGCUGCUCAGCUAGCCGUGAAGGGCAUAAACGUGUCAUCUAUUGUUCUAUCUGGCACAGGAGUGGUCAACAGCGUAUACGAUUUGUAUUUGAAAAUCAACGAGGACCAGCCUUUAUGCACCAUCGAUGUGCUUCACAUAGCCGCCAGUCUGCUGAUAUUUACGCACUCCAUUAACAAUCUGCGUCUAGUUAACCGUUUGACAAAUGGCCAAUCCUUGCGCCAGGCUGUGAACCAUCAAGCCAGACAAACCUUUGGGAAGAUCGCCGAGGAGUCGUCUAAACUGCAUGGGCAUGUCGCUGGCCAACGUUUUGACAAGGUGCGCACUCUGAAUGACAUACCCUUUAAGGAGACACUGCUGGGCAUGCACAACACCUACAAGCAUUUGGGGGAUGGCGCCACCACACUAGCUUCCAUAGCCGGGUCACUGAUAAACCGUGAUGCAGACGGACAGCUGCAUUUGAAUUUGGUUUCUCUCAGGAAAUCAUGUGGUCCGAAGUUUGUGGAGCACAUUGGGCAUAAGGGCAGCUUAUUGGAUGUGCUUGAUGCGCUGGCGAAGUACUUUGAUGGGCAGUCGAUGCAGUUGCUCCUUCAGCUGGCACGCAAGUUUCUAGAUGAUAAUCUCGAUGGCAUUGAGCGCGGGCUAAAUACAUUCUUGUCCACGGAACUGGUGCUCUAUCGCAUCCUGAUGCAGUGCAUCGAAAAUUAUGAAAAUCUUACAUUGGAAUUCUUAUUAGAGCGGAAAGAUGAAAUCUUAUCCAUUCUUACAAAAUAUUUCGAGUCAUUGAGGCCGAAAGACGAGCAAAGCUCCACCAGAAUGAAGUGUGAUAGUUGUCAAGGUGUUUACUAUACAUGCAAUGUUUCUAAUCUAUAAAUCUUAUAAAAAUAUAAUUUGAUUUGUUUGGACUAUAAAUUUAUAGUACAUUUAAUAU